AUGUCCGAAAGCUACGACUUCUUCGUUGGCACUUUCACAACCCCCCAUCUAUACACUCUUAGAUUCACCCCUCCAUCCACAUCAUCUUCCAAAGCAACGGGAGACCUCCAAAUUCUGCAUCGCUCAUCGGCCAUUGGAUCCCACUCCUGGCUCCAUUUGACCCCGCCCCAAAAGAAGGGCCCCCGGAAUCUUUACGCCACAGCCUGGACCGAACCUCCCUCGGUGGUCGCCUAUACAGUAAACUCGCCCACGGAUAUCCGUCUCCUCGGAAGAGCCCUGACCCGCUCCCGCAGCGGGUACGUCACCGCCAGUGAUGUCGCCGUGUAUUCCGCGGGCGGGGCGACCGGGGAGGUCUUCAGCCUCGACCCCGAGACUGGGAACUUCGUGUCCACGUCUCUCACUAAUGGGACUACCAAUGGAAUCACCAACAACGCCAACGGAUACGACGCGCCCACGUCGUCGAUCGAACCCCUACAGAACAUCUCGUUCCUCGACUCCACUACCCAGCGAGACGACGGCAGCGUCAUGGACUUUGGCGGCCUGCGGCAUGGCGCCCAUUCCACAGACCUAUCCCCGUCCGGCGAAGCCCUCUAUGUCGCCGACAUCGGAAGGAACUGUAUCUGGACAUUUGCCGUCUCUCCGACCGGGUCCGUGACGCUGGGAGAGAAACACAUUGCGCCACGGCCCAACGAUGGACCCCGCCACGUCUGGCCGCAUCCGGCAGGAAAGUACGUGUAUUGCUUGCAAGAGCAUACCAGUAUGGUGGAUGUGUUUUCCACCGCCAACGGCGGCGUGAAUCUGUCGCAUGAGCAGGGCGUCCGCAUCAUCCCGGCUGACGAGCGAGAAGAGGAGUUCUGGGCCGACGAGGUCCGCACCAGCUUCUCGCACGGCGACAAGCCUCAGUACCUGUAUGCAAGCACCCGCGGCCUGAAGCCUGAGAAGAAGGGCUAUGUCGCCGUGUUCAAACUGACUGAGGACGGGAGGAUUGAUAGCUCUCUGCGCCUUGCGACAAACAUGUCCGACAGCCACGCCAACGGGGCCACGCUGGACCCCGACCCCUAUGCUGGCCUGUUGUGCAUGUACAGGACGGCGACGAGCGGUGGGUGGGCCAAUGCUAUUCAGCCAGGUCCCACGGUCGAUGGCGUCGAGUACCUCGCCUUGACGGAUAGUGAGCAAGGCUAUGUUUUCGUGCUGGGGUGGGAUGGAAAGAAGAUCAGAGAAGUCGCCCGCACCAGGUUGGACGAAGGUGCCGGCGCUGCCACUGCCGUUUGGCUGUGA